AUGUUUGUCCUACCCCCGCCGCCGCCCCGCUACACCAUCCCAGUAGCCUACGCCGCUGGAGCGUCGAAUGGCAUGGCCGUUCCGGUAGUGGAAACUAACAAUGUUAUCACCAAACCGGAGGGCGGCUGUCCGCUACAAGUCGGUGAAGGAACGUAUCAUCUCCAGGACGAUUUGCACUUAGCUACCCCUCCUCCGCAUCCAUCCGAGGCACCGAUAAUAAAUCCCAACCCACUGGCGACGGUUCCUACCCCACCAACAUCGGGCGUCAAGCUAUCGUUGGUCAACAUUGGCCCUCGGAAUAAAAAUCCCGUGUUCGCAAUGAAGGAGAGCGUGUUAGCACCUCCAUUUGGUGACGGGAACCCUGCACUCGCUGCUCCCGCUGUGAAAGACGGACUUAAGAGACGGAAACCGAAAAACAACAUCAUAAAAAGCAGCUCGUCAUUCGUGUCCAGAGUCAUUACGCACGAGGCUUCCACCAAGCGGCUCAAUGACCGGAAUCCGGAAGGCCUAUUCGCAUUCGCCAACAUCAACCGCGCAUUCCAGUGGCUGGAUCUCGGCUCGAAACAGAAGGAGGAACCUCUCGCAAAGAUUCUCUUUACCAAGGCCCAUAUGCUGAGCCAUGAUAUCAACGAGCUGACCAAAAGUGCCUCACAUAUCGAUGUGGUCAUGGGUUCGUCGGCUGGUGACAUUAUCUGGUACGAACCUAUCUCGCAAAAGUAUGCCCGGAUCAAUAAGAACGGGGUCGUCUGCAACUCGCCGGUGACCCAUAUCAAAUGGGUGCCUGGAUCUGAGAACCUCUUUAUGGCUGCGCAUGCCAAUGGUCAAUUAGUAGUAUAUGAUAAGGAGAAGGAGGACGCACUUUUUACUCCUGAAGAGCCGGUGAAAUCUUCUGGCCAACAACCGCUUCAGGUCUUGAAAUCGGUCAAUUCCAGAAACCAGAAGACCAAUCCAGUCGCCUUGUGGAAGCUAGCCAACCAAAAGAUCACUCAGUUUGCCUUCUCCCCGGAUCAAAGACAUCUGGCUGUUGUCCUGGAAGAUGGUUCCCUUCGAGUGAUGGACUAUCUAGAAGAAGAGGUUCUCGAUAUCUUCCGAAGCUACUACGGUGGAUUGAUUUGUGUCUGCUGGUCUCCUGAUGGCAAAUACAUCGUGACCGGCGGCCAGGAUGAUCUAGUGACGAUAUGGUCCUUCCCAGAGCGAAAGAUCGUCGCACGGUGCCAGGGCCAUAACUCUUGGGUUUCCACUGUGGCUUUCGACCCGUGGCGGUGUGACGAGAGGACUUACCGAUUCGGGAGCGUUGGGGAUGACUGUAGACUAUUGCUUUGGGACUUUAGCGUGGGAAUGCUCCAUCGGCCGAGAGCACACCAAGCAAGUACGCGCCAGCGGACGAGUAUGAUUACGUCCAACUCCCAGCACGCCAGUCGUCACCGAGCCGAUAGCGCUGGCAAUAGAGCAAGAUCUGAUUCUCAACGGACUGCAGACGGCUAUGACGAAUAUGACCAGGCUGUUCGUCACCCCGUGGAACCUCGAGCACGGACUGCUCUACUUCCACCCAUCAUGUCGAAGGAAAUCGGCAGUGAUCCCAUCUGCUGGCUCGGGUUCCAGGAGGACUCGAUCAUGACUUCUUCCCUGGAAGGACACAUCCGCACCUGGGAUCGGCCACGAGAAGGCAUCAAUGACACCUACAAUGCCCACGCCUCCUCUUCAGCGAUCAGUGCUGGCGCCGGUUCAGGAUCCGCUGUCGCGAAUUCAGCCCGGGGCUCCCUGUAG